AUGGCCGACCCGUUUGCCCCGCGCUCGAUGAAGCGCAAAAACGUAAAGGGGCUUGCUCUUACACCUGCCGCACCAAAACCACCUCCUACGGCCGAGAACCGCCCAGACUUUGAUGGAGCCGGUGAUGGGACCAGCAAAGAUGGCCAGCUCGAGAUUGGCAUCGAAUACAAGCUCGAUCUGCGACCCGAAGAUCUCGAGAUUGUCAAAGAGCUCGGCUCCGGAAACGGCGGCACUGUGAGCAAGGUGAAGCACUUGACUACGGGCACCGUCAUGGCUCGCAAAGUUAUUCAUGUCGAUGCCAAGAAAGAGAUGCGCAGACAAAUCAUCCGAGAACUACAGAUUAUGCACAACUGUCAUUCCGACUACAUCGUCAACUUUUAUGGCGCAUUCUUGAACAGCAACAACGAUGUCAUCAUGUGCAUGGAAUAUAUGGACGUAGGCUCUUUGGACCGCGUCUCUAAAGUUUUCGGCCCUGUUCGAGUCGACGUCCUCGGAAAAAUCGCCGAAGCUACUCUUGGCGGCCUGACCUAUCUCUAUACGAAACAUCAUAUCAUGCAUCGGGACAUUAAGCCGUCCAACAUUCUCGUCAACUCUCGCGGAUCUAUCAAACUUUGCGAUUUUGGUGUCUCUGGAGAGCUUAUCAAUUCGAUCGCCGAUACCUUUGUUGGCACAUCAACGUACAUGGCCCCCGAGAGAAUUCAAGGUGAACGCUACACUGUCAAGUCAGACGUCUGGAGCUUUGGUCUUUCAAUUAUGGAACUUGCCAUUGGUAAAUUCCCAUUCGGCUCUAAUGAGCAGCUUUCAGACGAAGACUGUGCUCCGGCCGGUAUUCUUGAUUUGCUGCAGCAAAUCGUUCAUGAACCGGCCCCAAAGUUGCCCAAGAGUGAUGCUUUCCCCAGCAUUCUCGAAGAUAUGAUUCAAAAGUGUCUGUUCAAGGAGCCAGAGCGACGGCCUACACCACAAGAUCUCUUUGACCGCGACGCGUUCGUACAAGCCGCUAAAAGAACUCCUGUUGACCUUCGCGAAUGGGCUGUGGGCAUGAUGGAGCGCGAUAACCGCAAGUCUCACCUGGCUCCUCAGCUAUCACCUUCCACACAGGACUUGCUCCGAUCCAGCGACUCGCCCACAUACAACAACGGGUCUGACGAGAGAAAAUCGCACACGCCAACGUCGGGUGAAAUUCCCAUUGGCGGUGCCGGUAUUGUUACUCCGCGCGACCAUGCAAAUGGUACUGGCCGAAGCCCCUCCAGAAAUGGCUACACCAGCAAUGCUAAGCCACCAGUGUCUGCUCACCCUGGCCUGGGUCCUCGCUACGCAUCCGAGUCUGGCCAUAUUCCGGGCGGAUAUACCGACACGCGAGGCCCAGCUAGUGCCAACGCCGCGACUUUCAGUCUUCCCGUCCGGCCUGCGCCUCCAUCAGGGCCACUUCCUCCCGCGCCAGUUCGACGAAAUACUCCAGACGCCCCGCCACGGGAAAAUCGUCGUCAAGCAACAUUCGGUCUGCCUCCUAACCCAAGCUCUGGCUAUGGAGUAUGA